CUUGUGAUGCGGCCACUGAAGAGGUCGGAUGGACAGCAAUGGUGUAACUGAGAAAGAGGGAGAGGAGAACAUGAGUUACGUUUCUACCCUUCACAUUCGAUUGCAGAAACCCUGCCGGCAGCCGGGCGAUAGGCAGGAGGCGGCAGACAAAGUGGUGUCGCCAGCAAAGCUUGGGACUGGAGCUCAGGGAUCAGGUGCUGACUCUAUCAGUGCAGAGUGUCCUGUAUUCAUACAACCCCUGACAGAUGUCACUGUGGAUGAAAGCAGCACCAUCACGCUGCAGGCGAAAAUUACUGGAACUCCUCCAAUCACUGUCACAUGGUUCCUGAAUGGUAAAACAGUAAAGUUUGGCAGAUCUUCUUUCAGCAAUGGUGUCGCCCAGUGGGUGGUUGAGGACUGUUUGCCAGAGGAUUCUGGAAUAUAUGGAUGUGUUGCAGAGAAUGUUGCAGGAAGAACAUCCAGCAGUGCUAUAGUGACAGUCCGAGACUUUGAAACCCUUCAGCGACUCAAUCCUUUGCCUAAACAAAUGAGAAACACUAACUGUGAUAGUGGAAUCGCUGACAGUCAGACUGUACCUGAAGAAAAUCGUCAUGGUGCUGGAGCAAAGGCUGAAAUGGUGCAAUAUUCAACCCUCAAUGUUGUCAGUAUCCAAGAAGAGAGGCACAGUACAAAAGACAGAAGUCUUCCUAAAGAUUCAUCCCCUUCAAGGAAGAAGCUGUCUUCUAAACCAGCAGAGCCACCUGAGUUAGUGGAUCCCCAGAUGUACUUGGAGGCAAAGGCAGGACAAGAGGCAGAGCUGUACGUUGGGAUUGUAGGAACUCCACCCAUUGCUGCUAUAUGGCUGAAACAGAAUGAUCAGAUCUUGAAUAGCUCUCGAACUUCAGUGGACACGACAGACACUGGGACCAAACUGGUGAUAAAGGAUGUGCAAAUGAGUGAUGCUGGCCAUUACACACUGGUGGUGAAGGAUCGAAAUGGGAAUGUGCAGCAUCAGAUCAGCCUGGCUGUUAUAGACAGACCAGAGCCUCCGUCUGGAAGACCAUGUGUUUCAGAGAUUUGUCGGAGCUCUCUCACGCUAUCCUGGUCUGGUCCAUGUUAUGAUGGUGGGAGUGCUAUCAAGUUCUAUAUCAUUGAGGUGAAGGAGGCUGGAGAGUCGGAGUGGAGAAGGUUGACUGACUUGUGUAGUAACACCUCCUAUCAAGUGAACAGUCUGAAGCCAGGCAAAGAGUACCGUUUCCGUAUAUACGCAGUGAACUCUUGUGGCAUCAGUGAAAUAGGGGAGGAAUCUAAACCUGUCAAGCUAUCUGAUGUCGAAGAGAAAGAAGAAGAAAAAGAGGAGUUAGGGUCUCAUGUGACAAUAAAUGCAUCUCAGAAGCUGACUGAUUUCUACAUACAGCAGGAAUGCCUUGGAGUAGGGACAUUUGGAAAAGUUUACAAACUGCUGCAAAAAUCUACAGGAAAGACUCGAGCAGGCAAGUUUUACAAAGCUCGUACGAUGAAAGAUAAGAAGAGUGCACGCAAUGAGAUUGAGAUUAUGAAUUGUCUGCACCACCCAAAACUGGUUCAGUGCCUGGAUGCAUUUGAGAGUCGGACUGAGAUUGUCAUGGUAAUGGAAUAUAUUUCUGGAGGUGAGCUCUUUGAGCGUAUUGUGGAUGAAGAUUUUGAGCUAACAGAGCCAACCUGUGUUGUGUAUGUUCGCCAAAUCCUGGCUGGUUUGCAGUUCAUGCACCAACAGAGCAUUGUACACCUGGAUCUGAAGCCAGAGAAUAUUGUGUGCGUUGACAAGAACGGUACACUUAUUAAAAUAAUUGACUUCGGAUUGGCACGAAAACUUGAUUCUAAUGGAUCAACGAAAGUAAUGUUUGGAACACCAGAGUUUGUUGCACCAGAAGUGAUCAAUUAUGACCCAAUCGGGUUCACUACAGAUACCUGGAGCAUUGGAGUUAUCUGCUACAUCCUAUUGAGUGGAUUGUCUCCGUUUCAAGGGGACACUGACCCAGAGACCCUGACAAAUGUCACUGCUGUUUCUUGGGAGUUUGAUGAGGAAGCGUUUGCUGAGAUCUCUGAAAAUGCAAAGAAUUUCAUCAGCUCUUUGCUACAGAAGAACAUGAGGAGACGGUUAACCUGUGAGGAGUGCCUGAACCAUCCGUGGUUACAGAGCAUAGAGCAGGGAGUUGCUAAGACGCUGUCAAAGGAGAGAAUGAAACGGUUUCUAGCCAAGCAGAAAUGGAAGAAAGCAGGGAAGGCACUUCUUGCCCUCAAGAGACUAGCUUUGCCGUUGAACAAACCGGACAAUACAGAAUCAGCACCUACUUCUCAAGACAAAAGUGUACUGAGUCCAACUCACCAACAGGAGGUGCUCUCCUCCCUGGAUGAGCAAAUUCAGAGGAAGCCAUUUUUCAGUGAAACUUUGCAGGACUUGGACGAACUGGAAGGCAGUGCCUCCUGUCUGCAGUGUCAUAUUGAAGGUUACCCUGACCCUGAAGUGAUUUGGUAUAAAAAUGAGGAUCCACUCACUGAGUCCUCACACUUCCAGAUUGACUACCAAGAGGAUGGGAGCUGCUCACUGAUUAUUACAAACGUCACUCAGAUGGACUCGGGGUAUUAUACAUGCAAAGCAAUGAAUGCACUGGGUGAGGAGACCUCUUCAGCCACAUUGACAGUUUACCCGCUGGAUGUGAUCCAACGCAGUUAAAAGGGUGAUCGUCAAACAAACAUUUGACCCAGUUUGUUAGCUACCUGGAGCCUAACUUGCAAUAUCAUGAUGGAAAUGGAGACCUCGAGCAAAUUUGGUGAGGAUCUAUGAGUGGAGAAGAGUGCUCAAAUUCUAUUAGUUGGAGUUGCUGAUCAAGGAGAGAAUAUUCUUGGCAAAACACUGAUAAAUGCUGACUAUUCUGCGUACUCACACUGCAUAAUUCUGCAGGAUAGGCAGGGUAUUAAGGAUUGUACCCCUCAGGGUUUGGUUCCUCAAUCCUUUCUAAAUUACUAGUCACUGCAAUGAAGAUGGACCAUAAAGGCGUCUCUAAUCUGGAGCACUGAGCCCAUUUAUAAUGAAAAAAGAGUUCUGUUAUUUUGAAGACUAUAAACCAUAAUACUUGCCUUUUUCCUUUAGGGCCGAAGGAUCAAUGCGAACAGUUUGCAGAGUAAAAACAGUUUGAUUAAAUGUUUGGAGUCACACUUCUAGUAGUGUACCAGAAACAAAAUUACAACUGUUGUUGCAUAAAAUGGUAUAGCUGCAGCAAUGCUUCAGUUAUCUAAUUUUGUGCAAUUGAACAUCGCUGAGGACAGCAGUCUCUUUUUGAAAAUGCGUCUUAAAGUGAGGAUUAGCAUUCCAGUUGAGCAUUUUAAACUUCCUUUGUGAAAAGUUGGCAGAUUCUGAGCAGAGUGAACCACGUGCAGGUCACAGUGAACAUUGCUUUUUUGAUUUGAGUCCAGGUGAGCUGAGAAGCGCUGACCCAAGUCCCAGCGAGAGGAAUUAGUGCCCACUAGUAUCAGGUUGGUGGCUACGUUUAGUGGGUGUUCUGCACUCUUUCUCUGGACAACAGAUUCCAGGGUUCAUUUUAGCCCCAGGAAGAAACAGGGAAAUCUCACUUGAGAAAAUUAUGGAAAUAAUUCUUGUUUUGCCACAGAAAGUGCCUGAACAUUCAGUCUACAUUGAUCAUCACCAACUCAGUAUGGCCAGUCCCAGAUACUUUAGGCUUGUUUCUGUCACAGGCUGCACCACCACAAAUGAGGUGAUCAACAAACAAUAUGUUUUUAAACAGUUAGAACUUGAGCUUAAAACCUGUUAGCAUUGAUAGUAUUUCAUGCACAAUUUUUCAGCAAUAUUUCGUACACACUGAAGUCUUGGCAAGUAAACUGGAACAUACUUCGGGGAAAAAUUGGCAAUAAGCAACUGAAGAUAGGAGGUUAUUCUUUCUGUAUCCUUUAGAGAACCUUGUUUAUGUCAUAAACAGUUGUUUCACCUCUAUCCUUUCCUUGAUAUCCUGCAUAUUGCAAUGUUAUCUGGACCUUGGUGCUAUCCACUCCGUUCUCACUCUCAUUAUUUAAUUUCACAUCUGUUACAUUUGGAGUUAUGAUCACUGUUCCUGCAAACUUGUUAAUAUAAUCUUGCCUGCCAACACCCCAAAAACAGUUUGUGAUACAUUGGUAAUCUUGGUCUUUGAAGUAUGAUACACUUUUGAAAGUAAAAGCUAUGCUUUUAAUCUAACCAAAUCAUUUAUUAAAAUUCAUGUCAAUUAAGUCCUUGCUUUCAACUCAUGUACUCACUAAGUGGUAUUUCACAAUGAAGGGUUUCUACACAUUAAUUAGAAAUCAUGUUUCUAAAAUGUAAAGAUUCCUUGUAUAGACAUUUUCAGAAAAUGUAAAUAUGAUAGCACUUAGUAUCCACUGAUUGUCUAGACCAUAUUGUAUUACUGAUGCUUUCAUUAAUAUUUGAGCAUUAUAAAAUGGAUUUUGUCAAAUUUAGACUUUAAAACUUGUAUUUUUUUUUUAAAAAUCACAUUGCAUCAGACAAAUAGUGACUUGUAACUGUAGUACUUGUCCCUCAGGUUAGGGCAGCUGUUUAUCUAUAAUCCAAUGCGAACCUUCUGGAAGUUCAACUGAAUGUUAGAUCAUAUUUUAAUAGACCUAUAAAGUAUUGAAAAUCUUCUGCAGUACAAUCACUUUUUUGACUGUGUACUUUACUUUUACAGUGCUGCAGUUUUGGUUACAAUUUUGUAUUGACAUUUAAAAUUGAAAGCUGAAUAUUUGCUGUUCUGUUUCAUGUUAAAAGUCAUAGUGGAAUGGCAGGGUUCAGGCACAAGGUGACUCUGCAGAAAAACUUUAUUUAGUCUGUUUCAUGGGAAACACCAUCCACCAAAUGACUGUAGGCAAUAUCACAUCAUUUGUUUUUGUUCAGUAUUCAUUGUAUAGGUGAUGUUUUGGAACACAGGAUGAGGUCAAUGGGCUUUCCUCACCUUUACAGACAUAAGCUGAUACUAAAUGAUGCCACAAUCUAAAUAAAAUUAGGAAUUAUGGUAUAAUUGGUACGAAGAUAAAUUUAAUCAAAUGAGACUUGAAGGUGCAAGAUAUUGUUGCAAUGUAACGAUUUCACUCAAUGAAGCUCCAAGGAAAUAAUUAAAGAGUGGUUGCAAACUAUCUGUAAAGCACAGUUUAAACCUCCACACGUGGUCCAAAAUGAGUUUCUCUACCUCCUUGAGUGCAUUGAGAAAAAUGUUAUAUAUAUCUUCUGAUUAAUGCCAUCCAUUGCCAGUUCGAAUUUGAGAAAUGUUCGUUAGAGUCUGGGGUUGGUCUCCCUCUUCAAGGGAUUUGAAAGAUUGAUGGAAAGCUAAUGUGAAUACACAUGUAUGUCAAUGAACCCUGUGAUGUAUAAUUGUUUUUAUAUGUAAGAUGUUCACCAUUUUAAUGUGAUUGUGAAAAUAGAC